AAAUGAGGCAUCAGGCGACUACAAGAGCCCGUGUUCCUGAUGAGGAUGAGGAGCCUUCGUCAGCAUCACAGAGAGAAGACAGAAGAAUUCAACACAUAGUGCUGAGGAUCUCAUCGGACACGCAGCGAUGCGGUGGGCUCUGUUCCUGCUCACUGUGACGGGUCAGUGUCUUGUCUCCACGUGUCACAUCUAUAAGUACACAUUUAUUAAAGAGAAGAUGAGAUGGAAAGAUGCUCAGAUGUACUGUAGAACAAACCAUACAGACCUGGCCAUACUGUUCAACGGUCCAGAUGAGAAGAGACUCCGUCAGUCUGCAGGGAACAUGGAUGAACCUGAAGCCUGGAUUGGACUGUACCACCACCAACCAUCCACCAGGCAGUGGCACUGGUCUCUGCCAGAGGAGAAGUUCCAUGAAGACGACACACGAUGGGACACUGACGAGCCUAAUGACGGGGGACAGCAAGAGAAUUGUGUCAUCAUUACGAGGGAUAAGAAAUGGAUAGAUCUGAAAUGUGACAAAAAAAAUGAAUUUGUCUGCUGCGAUGGAAAACAAAACUGUUCUAUCGUUCAUGAGGAGAAGAAGUGGAGAGAGGCUCAGAUCCACUGUAGAGAGAAGAACAGAGACCUGAUCAGUGGAAUCAAACAGUUAGAAGAAUUCACAGUGACAGAGAGUCAGAAGAAGAUGUGGAUCGGCCUGUUCAGAGACAAGUGGAGGUGGUCGAGUGGGAACAGAUUCAACUUCAGAAACUGGGAGUCAGAUCAAGACGAGACAGAGGGCGAGAAAUGUGCCUCGAUUCAGUUGACAGGCUUAAAGAAGUGGAAAUCUGCUGAUUGUGGAGAAACAAAACCCUUCUUCUGCUAUGAUGGUCAGUGUCUUGUCUCCACGUGUCACAACUAUAAGUACACAUUUAUUAAAGAGAAGAUGAGAUGGAAAGAUGCUCAGAUGUACUGUAGAACAAACCAUACAGACCUGGCCAUACUGUUCAACGGUCCAGAUGAGAAGAGACUCCGUCAGUCUGCAGGGAACAUGGAUGAACCUGAAGCCUGGAUUGGACUGUACCACCACCAACCAUCCACCAGGCAGUGGCACUGGUCUCUGCCAGAGGAGACGUUCCAUGAAGACGACACACGAUGGGACACUGACGAACCUAAUGGCGGGGGACAGCAAGAGAAUUGUGUCAUCAUUACGAGGGAUAAGAAAUGGAUAGAUCUGAAAUGUGACAAAAAAAAUGAAUUUGUCUGCUGCGAUGGAAAACAAAACUGUUCUAUCGUUCAUGAGGAGAAGAAGUGGAGAGAGGCUCAGAUCCACUGUAGAGAGAAGAACAGAGACCUGAUCAGUGGAAUCAAACAGUUAGAAGAAUUCACAGUGACAGAGAGUCAGAAGAAGAUGUGGAUCGGCCUGUUCAGAGACAAGUGGAGGUGGUCGAGUGGGAACAGAUUCAACUUCAGAAACUGGGAGUCAGAUCAAGACGAGACAGAGGGCGAGAAAUGUGCCUCGAUUCAGUUGACAGGCUUAAAGAAGUGGAAAUCUGCUGAUUGUGGAGAAACAAAACCCUUCUUCUGCUAUGAUGGUCAGUGUCUUGUCUCCACGUGUCACAACUAUAAGUACACAUUUAUUAAAGAGAAGAUGAGAUGGAAAGAUGCUCAGAUGUACUGUAGAACAAACCAUACAGACCUGGCCAUACUGUUCAACGGUCCAGAUGAGAAGAGACUCCGUCAGUCUGCAGGGAACAUGGAUGAACCUGAAGCCUGGAUUGGACUGUACCACCACCAACCAUCCACCAGGCAGUGGCACUGGUCUCUGCCAGAGGAGACGUUCCAUGAAGACGACACACGAUGGGACACUGACGAACCUAAUGGCGGGGGACAGCAAGAGAAUUGUGUCAUCAUUACGAGGGAUAAGAAAUGGAUAGAUCUGAAAUGUGACAAAAAAAAUGAAUUUGUCUGCUGCGAUGGAAAACAAAACUGUUCUAUCGUUCAUGAGGAGAAGAAGUGGAGAGAGGCUCAGAUCCACUGUAGAGAGAAGAACAGAGACCUGAUCAGUGGAAUCAAACAGUUAGAAGAAUUCAAUCUGACAGAGAGUCAGAAGAAGAUGUGGAUCGGCCUGUUCAGAGACAAGUGGAGGUGGUCGAGUGAAAAAAGAUUCAACUUCAGAAACUGGGAGUCGGAUCAAGACGAGACAGAGGGCGAGAAAUGUGCCUCGAUUCAGUUGACAGGCUUAAAGAAGUGGAAAUCUGCUGAUUGUGGAGAAACAAAACCCUUCUUCUGCUAUGACGAUGGAAUGAUCCUGAUCAGAGAGAAUAAGACCUGGGAGGACGCCUGGAUCUACUGCAGAGAGAACUACGAAGACCUGGUCUCCAUCACCGACGCUCGCCAGCUGGAGUUGAUCGCAGCGCGAGCCAAGAUGGCCGACACGGACCACGUCUGGCUCGGACUGCGCUACUCCUGCACUCUGGAUCUGUGGUUCUGGGUCACUGGUGAACGAUUCUCCUACAACAGGUUUGACUCCAACCAAGAGUCUAACAGAUGUAACGCAGCUAUUGCCAUGGAGAUGGGAGGAGGCCACAUGUGGUUCCAGAGAGACGACGAUGAGAAGUUGAAUUUCAUCUGUAUCAAAUAAAAACCCACGAACACCGUGGGGACACAUUGUGAAUCUUCACAUUCUGCUCUUUGUGUUCAUCAAACAGCAAAAUGGAGAAUUUAGAAAUGACUGAUAGUUUAACCUGUUACAAUUAUACAUGAGUGAUAUGUUGGUGGUGGUUAUUAGUUGUGAACCCAAAUGUUCUUCUGAUUACAUGUAAAUGAAUGAUACUGUAGAUCUUUGAGAAGCUGUUAAACUAUGAUCCUCUCUUUGUGUCUUUGGCUUGAUGGUGAUUCCUCACGGACGUAAGCGCUGCUUCCUUUCAGAGCGUUCACAUCAUGAGAAAAACAAAUCUAUCAAUCAAGUUGGUUUAUGAAAGUUGUCUUGCUUGUUCUUUAAUGUUUGGUUUGAAGCACAUUGAUUCAUGUAAGUAGAUAACAACCAGUUCAUGUUGAGUGUCAGUAAACAGCUCGUCAAAAUGUC